AUGCCGGCCCUAUUCGGCGCUUGCCGAUGCCACCCCCACAUGCCGAUGCUGAGAUCUCGCCGAUGCUACCGCCGCGAGAUUGGAUUGGAGGAGGCGCCUGUGAAACAAAUCGGAGCUGGGAAACAAAUCUGCAGCCGCGGGACUGGAAGGAGGCGACCUGGGGAGCAAAUCGGAGCUGGAGAUUGGCUUUGGCGCGAGAAAAAGGAAGGCAAGGCGGGAGACGACGCGGGGACCGAAAAUCUGCGCGCGUCUCGCAGGAGAUCCCGCGGAGCUGAUGAAAUGAAACUCCGGGCUCUCAACGGGGUUUCAUCCGCGUUUCAUCGUCUGGGUACGCGAGCUGCUCGGUUUCCUCCGCAUGAAACUCUGUUCCUCUCCCUUCUCAUUAAUAGAUUACCAACUCAACUAAUAUGUUGA